UUGGAAAUUUAUGUUUACCCACAUUUUGACGAUAGCACUUACAAAAAAAAAACGCACCUAACCGUGCUCUUUGACGUAUGUUUUGACAUUUCUUCCUUUUCAUGUUGUGCCGUUGUUUGAGGAUUUCUGUGUGACGAAAUCCAACAAAAUGUCGCUGGUAAUUCCGGAGAAGUUUCAACAUAUUCUUCGUAUCAUGAAUACGAAUAUCGAUGGCAAACGUAAGGUUAUGUUUGCCAUGACUGCCAUCAAGGGAGUUGGUCGCAGAUACUCCAACAUUGUCCUGAAGAAGGCCGACAUCGACCUCGACAAACGUGCCGGAGAAUGCACUGAAGAAGAGGUUGAAAAGAUUGUGACUAUAAUGUCCAACCCUAGGCAAUACAAGAUCCCCGAUUGGUUCUUGAACAGACAGAAGGACAUUGUUGACGGUAAAUAUAGUCAGCUGACUUCUUCCAACUUGGACUCGAAGCUCCGUGAGGACUUGGAGAGGCUGAAGAAGAUCCGUGCCCACAGAGGAAUGCGUCACUACUGGGGCCUGCGUGUGCGUGGUCAGCACACCAAGACUACUGGCAGGAGAGGAAGAACUGUUGGUGUGUCCAAGAAGAAGUAAAUAAGUGAAAAUAAAAUACUUUUAACAUCCA